UCCUCCUCGUCCUCCGACAGACAGAAUGCUGCAGCAUCCACUGGGUAAGGUAACGUGUGUGCAAGCAAGAGCAGGGUAAUUCUUGCUACCUGCUCUGCAGCUAAAGGGAUCUGUCCUCCCAUCAGCUGUCUGCUAUUGGAUUUAUCUGGAGAAUAAGCACAGAAUAGAAAGGGUGAUUUUAAGGAAGCAAAAGAGUGACAGAAGGAGGCAACCAUGGCCCGGCUGAACUGGUGUCUAGCAGCAGUGAUUAGCUGGGGGAAGUUCCUCUUCUCUUGUUUCUUUCCAUUGCGAGCAGCUAGGAGAGAUAAGCCAGAAGAUUUUGAGGCUGUUCAUUCCCACACCUUCAAGGCUAAGUCCUUUAAAAAGGCCAAGAGUUGUGCAGUAUGCAAGCAGGCUUUGACGAAGGAGGGCCUGGUCUGCAAAGAGUGCAAGUUGUCCUGCCAUAAGAAAUGUGAGGUAAAGGUAGCCACAGCCUGUGAAUCUACAGCUACUACAACGACUACAACUACUACAACUAACUACAAUCAGGGAUCAACAAAUUCUCCCAAUAUGGACUCCAAACGAAGGCCAUCCAGGACCCUAAGUCUGAUGCAAAAAAUGGAGGAAAAUAAUGAAGUGGACUUGGUCUACAUCACAGAGCGCAUCAUUGCUCUGUCCUUCCCUGGUGGAACAGAGGAGCAAAAAUACAGUGUACAUCUGAGGGAGGUGACCAGCAUGCUCCGUUCUAAACACCAGCAGCACUAUCUACUGCUUAAUCUCAGUGAACGGAGGCAUGACAUCACCAAGCAGAACCCAAGGGUGCUGGAUUUUGGUUGGCCCGAUCAUCAUGCUCCUGCUCUAGACAAAAUUUGCAGUAUCUGUAAAGCCAUGGACACGUGGCUUAAUGCAGACCUUCACAAUGUGGUGGUACUGCACAACAAGGGAAAUUGGGGGAGAACUGGUGUUGUGGUGGGUGCCUACAUGCACUACAGUAACUUAUCUACUAGUGCUGACCAGGCAUUGGACAGGUUUGCCAUGAAGCGUUUUUAUGAAGAUAAAGCCAUGCCAAUGGGCCAGCCUUCCCAGAGGAGGUAUGUGCAUUACUUUGCUGGUCUCCUUUCUGGCCACAUAAAAAUCAACAACAAGCCCCUGUUCCUUCACCAUGUCAUCAUGCAUGGCAUCCCUAAUUUUGAGUCUAAAGGAGGUUGCCGACCCUUCCUCAAAAUUUAUCAAGCAAUGCAGCCUGUGUACACAUCUGGAAUUUAUAAUGUUCAAGGCGACAGCCAUACGAGCAUCUGUAUCACCAUUGAGCCUGGCCUGCUAUUAAAAGGAGAUAUACUGCUGAAAUGUUAUCACAAGCGUUAUCAAAACCCCAGUAGGGAUGUGAUCUUCAGAGUGCAGUUCCACACAUGUGCAGUACACAAUUUAGCUCUGGUCUUCACCAAAAAUGACCUUGAUGAGACAUUUAAAGCAGAUGAAAGAUUUCCUGAAUAUGGAAAGGUGGAGUUUAUCUUUUCUUUUGGCCCAGAGAAAAUCAAAGGGUUGGAUCAUCUACAGAAUGGACCUAGUGUCUCUGUUGACUACAACACCCAGGAUCCCCUGAUCCGCUGGGACUCUUAUGAAAACUUCAACAGGAGAUGUGAAGACAUUAAAGAUGAUGUGGCUCAUUCUCAAGGUCCAGUAGACGGCAGCCUUUACAUCCGGGUUCAGAAGAAAGACUCUCUUGAGGGAAUUGUGUCAGCCAGUGGUGCUUAUUCAACUGAUCGUGUUCCUCCUGUAGUUGAACACGCACUUCCUCUUCCAGUUGCCAACCAUCCACUACCAGCUGCAGACCACGCUCUUUCUGUCAGCAGUGACUCAGGAAACUCUACUGCUUCUGUUAAGACAGACCGCACAGAUGAUGCUCAACAGCCUUUGUCAUCCUCAGGGCCUGUGAGCCAAGCUCCCCCUGAGACUGCAGUAAGCCCUUGUGAGAACCGAGAGUUGGAACAGCUUCUGAGUGGGUCAGAGGGACCACCACUUCUCCCUCAUCAGAAUUUCCUCUCUUUUGCCAACACAAGCCCAGGGGUUGGAGUGCGGCACCUUGUGCCUGCCCAGGUCCACGUUAACGGACAAGCUGGUGCUGAGCGUGAAGCUGACAUCAUUGACGACGAGCUGCCAGAAAGCCAGAUAGGAGAUAACAGUGCAGGCAGUCUUGGCACACUCUCUUCCUUUGAGGGUCAAGAUACACCAGCUGACAGCAAACCAGUCACUGAGUCCACUGUAGUGGAAGUAGUUGAGAGACAACGUGGGAAUUUCCUAGAGCGAAGGCUUAAAAAGGAGAUGCCUGUGCACCAGCUUCGAGGGUCAUCAUCAGCACAUGGACUGAUAGACUACAGUGGGCAGAAUGAAGGAAUGUAUCGCUCGCAGUCAUAUGGUGGUCUAAUGCUGGAUGGAGGACCUCGGUACUUGCCACAAGCUCCUGAACGUAAUAUCAGCAGCCGAGAGGCAGUGCAGCGAGGGCUCAGUGCUUGGCAUCAAUAUGGUCUUGUGGAUGACCCCUUCUUUGGCUCGAAUGGUGCUCUGCCACGCUUCCCAACUCGUGGAGGUGGUUCACAGCAGGAUGUAGAACAGUCUAUAGAUGCCCUAAACAUGCUCAUGCUUGACUUGGAGCCUUCACAUACACCAUUUCCCAAAUCCCAGAGUGCUCCACCAGGAGAGAACAUCUCAGCUUUCCAUCCACCAUUUGCCCAGACACUAGCCAGACCUUCUUACCAGGCUGACCAGGCCAUCUAUAGUGUCACUGGUGGCCCGCCUCUCUCUUCCUCUGCCAGUUUUGGUCAGUCCUCACAAAGAUCAUCACCUGCUUACCCCAUGACUCCACUAUCUGAGCACCAUCAGAGGGGUUACCAGUCACCUCAGGCCAUUUCACCUAUGUAUCAGCAAGAUCCCUACAGUAUCCGUGGAGGUUCAGUUACAACACCAUCCCCAACUUUACCCCUCCCAUCUCCAAUCAAACCCCAGUAUGUCUACCCAGGAAGUAACGGGGUGUCUUACUCUCCAGACCCUCAGGGCACUUUCCCAGGCCCUCAGCAAAGCUACAGCACAUCAUCAUCCCCACUGCCCCCUGUUACCAUUGCAAAAGAACCUGAGCCAAAGUCUGAGGAUGAGAUGCUGAACCUUGAGGGACUUGUGGCCCACCGUGUGGCAGAGUACAACGCCCGUAUCCGGGGCCUCUCCAAUAGCAUGUCCUUCCGGUCUGAACAUCAUCGUUCCUAUUCCUUCUCUGGAUCACAUUCACGUACAGCAACCCCAGAUGAAGCCAUGCCAACUAUGCGUCGACGAACCACAAGUGAAAGCCAGUACCUCAGCAGCCAAAAUGACAGUGCAGCCCGCAGAGUGUGCUCUCCAUUGAAACCUGUAUCUCCAGACUUUGCCAACACAAUUGCAAUGAACCCAGGUGGACAACCUAAGGAGAAAACAGUGCAUAGCUACAGGGAGGCCUUUGAGGAGAUGGAAUCAGCUCCUUUUAGUCCUACCCACAGUAGUGGUGGCCAUUCUGGUCAGGCCGCUCUUUCAGCCAUGGGAAUGAAGGCACAGAAUCCUACAGAAGCUCUAGUACAACAAAGCAGUUCAGAUUCUGAUUCUAGUGAUGAUAUGGAAGUGCAACAUGGUAUUGUGGCAACAGGAGUCAGAGGAGGGGGAUUGAUUUCUCCUCUGCAGCAUCAAUCUUCUCCUGCUUUUGAAAGACCAGUUGCUCCUGCCCACACUUUCAACCCACCUCAACCAGUCAACAAUGCUAUUUCUGAUAGUUUUGGAAGGCAACCUGCCUUUGCAUCUUUUCCAUUUGAGCCCGUCCGGGCUCCUCUCUUCCCAGACACCUUUACUUACCUUAACCCUGAUGAGGCCACUGUUAACAUCGUGGGUGUUCAUCACGUUCCAGGAAGCCCCAACACACUCCAUCGUACAGUUGCCACCAAUACACCUCCAAGCCCUGCCCUUCAACGUAGGCUUGGUGGUCCAAGUAGCCCUGCUUUGGGACGACGUCUACCAACAGCCAAUGGCGGCAGUGAACCAACCACACCCAAUAGCCCUCUUUUGGGUCGCAGUGGCAAGUUCAUCCCGCCAAGCCCUGUGCUAGACCGCCAUUACUCACCUGCUCCAGUUGCCUCUGGCCCAGAUUACAAAGCUCCACCUAGGGUUCAGGCCACCCCAGAUGAGAGACAUGUAGCAGAGUCCAGGCAAAGCACCACUUCUUUGGUUCAACCUGGACCUGCUACCCCUUCAUUUCCCCUAGAGCAAUCUUGUAGCCCCUCAUUGUUCCUGCCCCUGGAUGUAACAGCAGGAUCCAUUGCAGAUAAUUCUAAAACUGUUCCAACAGACAGCAUAGAAAGUAGGAAAGCUUCCACUCCUACACAAGGACCUGCAAUCGCCUCAAUAUAUGCAGAUGGACCUCCAGAUAUAAGAAUCAAUAUCAAAUUUGUUCAAGAUACAUCCAAAUUUUGGUACAAGCCAGAAAUCUCCAGGGAGCAAGCCAUUUGUAUUCUUAAAGAUCGUGAACCAGGAGCAUUUGUCAUUCGAGACAGUAACUCUUUCAGAGGAGCAUAUGGCUUGGCCAUGAAAGUAGCCUCCCCCCCUCCAACAAUGCAGCAGAACAAGAAAGUUGGUGACAUCACAAAUGAGUUGGUACGACACUUCUUGAUUGAAACCAGUGCCAAGGGCGUGAGACUUAAGGGUUGCCCAAACGAGCCCUACUUUGGGUGUCUGUCGGCUCUCGUAUAUCAACACGCCAUCACACCUCUGGCUCUUCCAUGCAAGCUUAUGAUCCCUACAAGAGAUCCAAAUGAAGAGGCCUUGGAGCUAGCCACACCAACAAGUUCAACCAUGGAUUUAUUAAAACAGGGAGCAGGACCUCCUAAAAACACAGAAGAUUUUUAUGCAUGUAAUGUUUUGUACAUAAACUCUGUGGAUAUGGAAUCACUGACUGGUCCUCAGGCUGUGGCCAAAGCCAUCACUGAAACGCUUGCUGCCAGAUCUUCUCCUACAGCAACAACUGUCCACUUCAAAGUCUCCACACAGGGCAUCACACUCACUGACAAUCAGAGGAAGAUUUUUUUCCGUCGUCAUUACCCAAUCAACAUGAUCACUUACUGCAAUUUGGACCCACAAGACAGAAAAUGGAAUAUUGCAGAGGGUGGUGUAGCAAAACUGUUUGGGUUUGUGGCUCGAAAACAAGGAAGCACGACUGACAAUGUGACUCAUCUGUUUGCUGAGCUGGAACCAGACCAGCCUGCUUCAACCAUUGUCCAUUUUGUCUCCAAAGUCAUGCUGAACACCCAGAAACCUUGAGUGAUCAUCUAGCAACCAUCUUGGUUUUCUCACCAAAGAGGAUUUGGUUAUACUUAUCUCAUUUUUCCAGAGUGGAUUAUUCUUUUUACAUACAUUAUUACUUUAUUUUUGUUGAAUAACUCUGGUGGUUGGGUUCUUACUCUUUCUUCUUUGUGAAGAUUUGAAAAUGAUGCUGUUUUUUUGAGUGAAGAUCGUUCUGAAAAAAGCAGAUUAAGAAUAUGUCAGGGUUAAAGUACUGUAGUAAGUGUGAAUGACAGGGAUAAAGGUUGUCCCUUUGGCCUUCUUUAUCAGGAGGCAGGACUUUACAAUAAAAAAUACAAAUAAUAUUUAGAGAAAAUGCCAGUAUUGUAAUUGAACAACCAAAGGUAGAGUUCAGAAAAAAAUAAGGUCUGACAAUUAUUUUAUUUUUUGUAAAAAAAGAAAAAAAAAUCAGAUCGGACAAGUCAAAAACUCAAAAUUCUUCUUUCUGUGUCCUCCUGUGAAAAGUAUGAAGAAGCCAUUUUGCAUGUUUGCUUGCAAGAAUCACAAGAGUAAGUCAUUUUCUCUGAAUUCAGAGGACAUUAGUUUGCUCUGCUGUUACUCAGAAAAGCAUUUUGCAGAACUUAGCUUUUCACUUUAAAUAACAGACCAAAUCUAUUAAUAAAAAAAAAAAAAAAAAUGUGGUCCAAAAAAUGUCACCUUGCCAAACUGAUCACCACAUAAAGACUUGCUACACUUGCCUGCGGACAUAGAAAUAGCAACUACACUGCAGUCACUGGAAACUUUAUGCUGAGAUUGUAUAUCCAUAUGGAUAGUAAAGAACAUUGGCUCUACCCACAAAUGUCCUGGCUGUGGUAGUAGAUGUUUAGCUUUUUCUGAACUGUGCUUAACAUCCCAUUCACAGCUUUGCCCCAGUCAGUGACAAUUAUAAGACAACAUUUUGUUGCAUACUGUUUGAAUGCAUGGGUAGAUCCAUUUUGUACUUGUCUUUAAAAUGUAUUAUGACAAAUUAUGACAAUUAAUGAAUAUUUAUUUUUGUUGCAGUAUUACUCAUGGGUAACUAAUAUUAAAAUAUAGUGUAUAGUCUACAGAAAAAAAAACUUGACUUAAAAGUUAAAAAUAAAUUAUUUUAGCUAAAAUAUCAAAAUCAGGUUUUGAGAAACUCUUGAUGUAAAAUGUAUGUUACAGUUUUUGUUGUGCUUUAUUUGAAUGUGUGUUCACUGUGUCACUUGUGUUAGGUGAUUUAGAAUGAAAAGGCAUGAAUGUGGAAGAAACUGAAAAAAAAUAUUUUAGAUUAAAAAACAAAACACCAAUUAAUAUAUGUAUAGAAAUUUGACAUGAGUGCUGCCAUUAUGUGUGUGAUUAAAAUAGCUCCUGGAUUGAUGUGGAUUACGUUAUUGGUCAAAGAGAGGUCAUUUAAUUUGCUGUUUUCUGUGGAAAUGUAAAAGAGGCAAUGUAACAAUAUGUUUGCCAGAAGUAUAUAGAAUUUCAUGUAAUGCACGUUCCAUCCUGUCAAUGACUAGGUUGUUAUAGUAGGUACAUUAUCUGUUCACCAUCAUUAAGUACUUUAUAAUCAUUGAUGGGGCAAAAGAGACUGAAUAUUUAAAAAAUAAUAAUCUAAAGUAACUGACAGGAUGAAAAGUGUUUUAUUAUAGAUUUCUCUAUAACAAGAGGCAAUGGUGGUACUCUUAAACUGUAAGCCAUUAAUAGGAAGUCAGAGCAGUUCACCUAAAAUGUGUUAGCAGUGCAAUAUUUACUGUCAGGUUUUACUGUUUUUCAAAUGUAAGUUAGAAAGGAGCAUGAUCAUGGAUGAAAUGAGAGAAACUGUGGGGUUUACAGUCAAUUUUGUCUAUUUUCAAAUGGUCAAAAAGGAGCAAUUUGAAAGAUCAUGUGCAGUUGAAAAUAAAGAAGAAAAAAAUCAUAAAGUGAA